UUGACUUGUCGUUCACUACGCCCGCAUCGCAGACGCAGAUUAAGCUGACGUGAGUUGGUCUGCAAGCAGCAUCUCGGUCCGUCGUCUUCAGCCGGUAAUCGGAUUUUCAGGCCACACACCUCAGCUUCAAAGUCGACAGCGAGUAGGACCAGAUUGCAGAACCUCUCAUCGACAAAGGGUAGGGUUUUUAAGGAGCUAAAAAAAUGUCCAAAGUUCGAGCAAUAUGGCAAGCUUCUUUAACUGCCACUAAAAGAGCUCUUUCGUGGAAUGUUGAUGACAUGUUUCCUCCUAGUGAGAGAUUUAUAUACAACUUUAAAUCCAAAGAAGAGCUUAAAAAAUGGCAUUUAUAUUCAGAUUCUGAAUAUGGAGGUUUAUCAUCAGCAGCAUUGGAGAUCACUGAUGCUGGAAAUGAACAGAGUGGUGGCACUGGAGUAUUCUCUGGGAAUCUUUCUUUGGAUGUUACCGAUGGUACAAAAUGGAAUAUUAGCCGGAGUGGAUUCUGUGGAAUGAGGUCUAAAAAGUUUGACGGGUUUAUCGAUUUAGACCCCUACGAUACCAUAGCACUAAAAAUUAGAGGAGAUGGGAGGAGUUAUAUAUCCACUAUUUAUACCGAAAAUUGGGUGAAUUCGCCUGGACAAAUGGAAGAUAAUUCAUGGCAAGCUUUUGUGUCUGUGCCUAAACACGAUUGGGUUGUUGCAAAGAUUCCAUUGGCACAUUACCUUCCAACAUGGAGAGGGAAUGUAAUUGAGGCGGAUAUAGAAAUGAAUCCAUCAAGAGUUGUUGGAAUGUCAUUCUCUGUGAAUGCUGAAGGUGGUGUACCUGGUGCUCAAACUGGCCCAGGUGAUUUCAGAUUGGAAAUAGAUUGGAUCAAAGCCUUGAGAACACAAUGAAUUUAAAAAAAUAUAUAUAAAACAUUUCUGUUUUUAGUAUAAUAAUAUCAACAUAGGAACUUACCAUGAGUUUAUUAAACCUUGUAGUAAUUGUAUCUUAUAUUUUAGAUCAAAUAAAAAAAAUCCACACUUGUAUGUUA